CGGGACCAACCGGAAGGAGGGGGAGCCGAUGUUUAGUCCGAUUGAACGACUAGUCUAGCUAGCCAGCAUUCCUCUUCUCCCCGACGCUCCCCUAGAAAGAAGGAGAGAGCGAUUUUAAAAACGAGGGUCACAAAUUAUAAUUCAGAUACAGGUUGGAUUUGUAUGAUCAAGACAAUUUGCCGUGGACUCGGCUAUAAACAACAACGCGACAGAAGGCCUCGAAAAUGGCCACAUAUACACCGCUGGAUCUGAAAGAACUGGCGAGGCGUGUUUGAACGCGACGGAUUCUUUUUGUUUCGGUGUGAUCAGCAAACCAAACGAGUUUUGUGAUUAACCAAGGCCCUGUAUGGAUUCUUUCUAGCUUUUUUUUUUUUAAAUGAGGAGUGCAAGAUGGCUGAUGACAGCUACAUUUUAAUAAGGCCAGAAUAGCGACGCCCUCUUUAAGUUAAGAUUAGAAGGGUGUUAUAUAUAAAUAUAUAUAUACUUUUUUAUACACAUUAGAUAGAAUAUUGGAUGUAAAUGUUAAAUCUGUGGUAGUCGUAAAUAUUCUUGCUUAUCCUUUAUUUAUGCGUUGUGCAGCGGCAGAACAUAGUGAUGUGACGUCUCAGAUAAUUGAAACGAUUUAAUUAAGCUUACGAAGUAAGUGGAGAGAUGUUUGUUUUUUUCGAAAUGUGAGUUGAUAAUAGUCAUGAUCCGUCUCUGAUUAAACCAAAGGAAUGAAGCCAGGACAUUUUGGGUCUGGAGACGUUUUGAUGGUCUGUGUUUCUGAUCUGAAUGCUCGCCACAGCAGCCAACAUUCCAGUGUAUUCUAAAAACCCUUUGUUUUGUGCGUAUGAACUGGAGUCGGCUAUUAAACUAUGCAGUACAUAGCCAUCUAACGAAGUAUUUGUAUGAUAUUUUUUGAUCAAGUCUUUAUUGGCCAACAACCGAGAGGAAAGAGUAUUUGGUGAGAAACGUCGAGGCCUUGUGUGCAGAUAUGCGAUCGUUGCCUGUGGAGGCUUCAUAGCUGACGACAUUACACAUCAAACAAACGGGCUGUUAUUUUGUCGCUAUCGUGAGGAUCAAAGUCCGUCGCAACGUAAUACAAUGUUUAUUGAAGGGCUAAGGACACUUGUCAUAUGUAACUGAUUUGCAAAUCAGAAUAAAUAUUUUUUAGUUAGAGCCUACUUAGAAAAAGCUGUCACGAGCAAAAUCCUAUUAAUUGUGAAUGCACCUAAAAUAGUCUGUUCAUUUUUGGAGGACAAAAGAACAUAAUUAAUAUUCUCUUCAUUGGAACAUCGGCGUUUUAGUAACCUUGGGCAAGCUUGAUCGAUUUACAAAUCGCUUUACUCAGGGUGUGGGUAUAGGAAUAAAUUCGGAAACGUAAUAUUUUCCUUAUGUUCAUUGCUGGACUUCAAUCGAUUGAGGAACAAACAAACAUAAACCGACGAGGAAGUCGAAGCUAAGUCGUCAAGCUAAAGUAAGACCUACGCAGAAGGGGAGAGGAAUGGGUGAGCGUUGAAGUCUUUCAUCAGCUGUAUAGAAAUCAAUUCAAGCUUGACGGUGAUGUAACCAUCUAAACGGCCCUAAUUUAGACCGAUUCGGUGUAAUGUCUGAACCGUAUUGCUCGGUAGAUCUCUGUGCCUUCAUUGCUAUCAUACCGUAGCUUAUACGUGUAGCUAUCUGGAAAUACGAACAAUUGAGGUGUCAGAAAUAGGCAUAUAUUACGCACAAAGUCAGACGUUUCUUGCCUAACUCGUGUGAUUUAAGAUAAACGGGAAGGACCUUUACGGUAAGGUAAUAUGCAUAAGGUCAGCCCGGACUGUGUGUUGUAAUCACCGAGGUGUUGUCCGGAGGCCUUUUCUGACAGCGCCUGCCGCUAAGGAAUCUGCCUACCUGCUCUGCCCCACAGGAUGUGCACUGCUGCCUGGAUUUAAAGCAAUAGCAGGGAGCUGACGGACAUUCACAAGACUCACUGACAGUGUCAUCAGUCGGUUGGACUAAACUGGUUGACGGUGCUGGUGAUUAAAAAUAACCCUUCAUUGCUACGUUUUGGCGCUUGCACAAUAGACAAUUAUCCCUCAAGGACUAACAUAUUGGACUAGAGUAUUUCAUUAUACAGUCCUCAGGACAUUUUAACUAUAGUCAAGGGGCUUAGUAUAUGGCUAUAGAGCCAUAGGAUUGUUAUUUUUUUUCAUGUGAGAAGCUUGUCGUUGUCGUGUGUCUAUGUCCGCCACUCCCAACAUGGCCUCCAACAUGGCGACCUCCGAUCUGUCCGAGACGUGGAGGAACUGUUUUGAAGAGGAGCUGAUCUGCCCCAUCUGCCUGCACGUCUUCUCUGAGCCCAUCCAGCUGCCCUGCAAGCACAACUUCUGCCGGGGCUGCAUCUCAGAGGCCUGGGCUAAAGACUCUUCCCUGGUCCGCUGCCCCGAGUGCAACCAUGCCUACAGUCAGAAGCCCGCUCUGGAGAAGAACCACAAGCUGUCCAACAUCGUGGACAAGUUUAACGCGUUGUCUGUAGAGAAGGCGGCCUCGCCGGUGCUGCAGUGUAUUCUGUGCCGCCGUGGGCCACCACUCCCGGCCGUGAAGGUGUGCCUACGAUGUAGCGCCCCCUGUUGUCAGAGCCACGUCCAGACACACCUGCAGCAGCCCUGCUCCGCUCUGGGACACCUGCUGGUGGAGGCUGAGGCGGUCAAGGCCUGGACGUGUCCGCAGCACGACGAGUACAGACUCUACCACUGUGAGGCAGAACAGACAGCCGUGUGUCAGUACUGCUGCUUCACGCGAUGUCAUCCCAGUCACGGACACGGGGUCACCGACGUUGAGCUACGACGCAACGAUAUACGGCAAAAUCUAUUGCGGCAGCAGGAGAGGGUGGAGGAGAGAGUUCAGGACAUCGAUGAGCAGCUCUGUAAACUGGACUCUGACAAGUGUGUGGUAGAGGACAGAGUGUGUGAGCUGAAAGAGGAGGUGCGUGUGCAGUAUCUGCGGAUGCAGCACUUCUUGGAAGAAGACUUGUCCCGUACGCUGGAGGUUCUAGAGCGGGCGCGUUCUAGGUUCUGCCAGGAAAACGCGGGCCAGGUUCUAGCUUUGGGAGAACAGAGACACGAGGCCCAGAAGCUGCUCAGCUCAGUCCACACGGCCUUUGGCAAAUCUGAGGAGCUGGGCUUCAUGAAGAACACCAAGCCUGUCCAGGUCCUCAUGGAGCGGUCUCAAGGGUGCGUGGGCAGUGCACUCCCUCCCUACAAGGUGGGAAGUCUCAACUCUAAGCUGUUCCUGUCAGAACUCUCCAAAAGAGAGAAGAGCCUACGGAAAACAAUGGAAGCCCCCCUAACCCCUCCCUCCUCAUUCCUCCAGUCCGUCCCUGCGUCUCCCAGCGGCCUUGGAUCGGGGGUGGAGAAACGCAAACACUCCUCGGCAUUCCCAGAAGGCAACGGGAAAAACACUGCUUCCGGGUUCAAGGACUCCUCAUCUUCCUCCUCUAAGCAGCCCUACCAGGGCCCAAACUCCGCCCCCGGAGAGGGCCAAUCCUCGAAUCAGCAGCCUCUGGGUCCCUGUGGCCCCUCCCACAUGAACGAAGGUGGCGGAACAGGAAGUGGAAGUGGCUCUCUGACCAAUCACCAUUCAGGGUCUGUGUUCGGUCCCUCUCACUUCCCCCCUGCCGGCAGUAGCUCCUCCCAUUCUUCCCAGCAGGCUGUGCUCCCCCAGUAUGGCGGGCGUAAGAUCCUGGUGUGUACCAUGGAUAACUGCUACUGCUCCGGGGUACCCUCCGUGUCGGGGCACCGCGGCCACCCGCCCUACCCACGUUCAGGCUCCUUUCCCUGGGUAAGCGCCCAGGACUAUCCCCAUCCCCCUGGCCUAGCCUCUGGAGCUCCAGCCAUGCAAGGGCUUGCUGUCAGAGACUGGAUAGACGCACAGCAGACGCACCGACACACAGACUUCUAUGGGCUGUAUGGGCAGCCCUCCACCAAGCACUAUGUCACCAGUUAACACACACAUUUCUACAAGCAAUUAGGUCUCCGGUUAGCACUGCGCUACUAGUUAACACACACACACACACACACACACACACACACACACACACACACACACACACACACACACACACACACACACACACACACACACACACACACACACACACAAUUAGAUGCACUUACAGAGAUACACACAUUCGGAACAUGUAUACCGCUACACACACAGAAGUACACUUCUACUGGUUAUACGGACAAUCCUCUGCUUAGCACCAUGUUACAACUCAGACGCAUUUACGCACACACCACACUCGGGGGCAGGGUUGAUAUAUUAGUUUUCUAUGUUUUCUUCGUCAGACAGACAGACAGUGUUACUGUAUGAUGAUUAUAUGUGUGUUUGUGCAGCAACUGUUGACGCUGAAGCAUUUCGGCUCAACUAAAAUGUUUUAGCGACAUCUCCCUCCCUGUCGUAGUGAGAUCGAUUAGCCUUAUAAUAUUGUUAUUACUGUUCUGAUUAUUUUCUGUCUGUUGGACAUGGGGUAUCUGAUGGAUGUGUGAAGAGAAGGAUGGUUUAUUACUGUUAAAGCUCUGGUUUUGUUGCAGCACUUUUGUCUCCUCUCCUUGCUGAGUUCAGGAAUGUACUGUACAGCUUGAACACACACACUCAUGCUUCCAGGUUCUCUUCUGUGUGUGUGUGUGGGACUCCCUCCAUGCACUUUGGGGGUGUUGGGAUUUCGCUCUGUGUAGAAGUUGCCCUGAUCGUAGACACAGGUCUACAAUCAGUUUACCCGCGCCCCCCCCAAUCCUAACCUUAAACAUCAUAGGGUCAAAUGACAGAGACUGACCCUAGAUCAGGAUGUAGGGGUAACUGUAAGCCUCCUCCGUUUAUAGACCUUCUCUGUUCCUUUUCUCUAUGCCCAUCUCACUGGAAAGGGGAUCCACACCCCUUCCCUCCUCCUGUCAGGCUUCCCCUCGGAUUAAAUUCUUCCGUCUGAAAGACUAAGAGACUGUCUCCUUUUAUUUUCUAGUUAUUAAUAUACGAAUCAUGACACGUGAGUUAUUGCCAUAUGAGUAAUAACCCCAUAUGAGCAGGUUUCAUGUUUGUCUUAAAGCUAGUUGGCCUGGUAGACACGACUGAGGCUCUCCGAGCCACUAUAUGGCCUGGGCUGGACUGGACAGACCAAACAAAUCAGCUCAAGCAUCCAGGGGUGUGACGGUGACGAUGCGCUAAUGAUGUACUUCCUGCAGGGUGAUGUCACGUCCUUUCAACAAGCACACAAGCUCUCUGCUUCAAGUUUGCGGCUGUAAGCAUGCGGGGAAGAGUUUUAUAAAGCACUCUGGAAUAUUACAAAACAAAAAGAUCAGUAACCGUUUUAAAAAGGAUGAGCGAAAGUACUGGUUGAGGGUUUUUUCAUGAACUUUUUCUAAAGAGGAACUGGACUGCCUGACGUAUCCAUUGGUCAAAAACGCUGGAAAGGAACCAUUGUUACAAGAACAGUCGACCAAUAUAAAAAAUUUAAAAAAAGGAAAACUAUCUUUUUUGUAAAUAUUUUGUGAAAUGAAAAAUUAAGGACAUGUCAUUUGGAGGAGGGUUCCAAAUAAAUGAAAUAAUUUAA